AAAUGUCACUUGCACUUCAGUUGCAAAACAAAACAUCUGUAGACGAGCCAAAUUUAUUAUAUUUUGUAAAUAAAAUUUUCCAAACAAAAGAAAAUAAAACAAAUCGUGUUAAAAAGUCCUUAUUAUGUUAAAAAAUUAUGAAUUCGUUUCGUGAAAGCAUAGCUAGUAUCCCUAGUGCAGUUACUAACUUCCUAAGUGAAAGUACAUCAUCGUACAUGAAUCUAUCAACCACACCUUCAUCAUCACACUCUGAAGAAUCUUCAUCAGAUAAGCCCUUGACAAUACCAGCUUCUCUAAUUAAAGAACAAUGGCGAUUGGUCCUCAAUUCAGACGAUGCAACAAUUUCGAAUCUUGAAGAAGCCAUUAACACGUGCAAAGAACUUGUUCUAAAUACUGACGAAGUUAGCAUUGAACGCAAAUGGUUAGUUCGUCAUUUGGUUGAAUUGCGCUAUGAACUUGAACAAUUAAAAGAUUCCGAAGACAAUCCCAAUGAAAGUGGACCAUCGACUAAGACAGUCAUUGGUCAUCACUUUAAUGUUCGUCAUGUUGGUCGGAGUUUGCAAAAUGCACGUUCCUACUGUGACCAUUGCACUGGUAUCAUUUGGAGUGUUGUGCAGGCUUCGUACAUUUGCAAUGAUUGUAAAUACACUGUGCACAGCAAGUGUAUUAAUGAUAUUGUGCGAGUGUGUGCUCAUGUUGUGGUGUCGGAGCGCAAGAAUCCCAUCGCCGAUAUAUGUCCUGAAAUUGGGUUGGCAGCUCAAGGAUAUAAGUGCGCCGAAUGCCAGGCGGCCUUGACUUUUAAUAAAACAGAAACCAUGCAAUGCUGGGGGAAGCGUGCUUCAAAAAAACAUGAAAAUGCUUGGGUAGAACCUCGAAUUUGUGACUAUAGUGGGCUUUACUACUGUCCCUCUUGUCACUGGAGUGAUGUAUCAAUUAUUCCGGCUAGAAUUGUUCAUAAUUGGGAUUUUUUGCCACGUAAAGUAUGUCGAGCAUCACUACAGGAGAUAAAUCUCUUCCUUGACAAACCUUUAGUGAAACUAGAAGAAGCCAAUCCGAAGCUAUUUGUAUUUUUGCAAAAACUAAGUUCAAUCAAAAAACUACGUGAGAAUUUGUGUUAUAUGAGAAAAUAUCUUCUCGAGUGCAGAAUAGCUAUAGAUGCGAAAUUACUUGACAAUCAAAUAGGUUCAAGACGCCACCUUGUGCAAUCCUCCGAGUUCUAUUCAUUCAAAGACUUAGAACAAGUCGAAUCAAGUGCACUGUAUGAAUUUUUAAGCAAAAUUUACAGUACAUUUGAUAAACAUAUUCGAAUUUGUGCUCUUUGCACAGCUAAAGCAUAUAUUUGUGAGAUAUGCAGCAAUGACGAAGUAAUCUAUCCAUUUGACGAUGGAUGCAUUAUAUGUGAUAAGUGUAAAUCAAUUUACCAUCGUGUUUGUAUGACAAGAAAAAAUAUGAUUUGUCCAAAAUGUACUCGCUUAAAAGAACGUCAAUUAUUGCAAACACAAGAAAUAGAAGAUGCUGAAAAUGGAAAUUGAUUUAAUUUUAUAAAUAAAUCAAUCAAUCAAUUAAAAAAAAAAGCAACAUCACUUGGCUUUUAAAUAAGAAUGAUUCUUUUAUUUUUGUUAUUAUAAAUUUUAAGUUUGUUUUAUGUAUUAUAUUAUGUAAAUGUUUUAUGGUGUUUGAAAUGCUGUAAUUAAUAUUUUUUUUGUAAAAUCUCAGAUCGAUCACAGAGAUAUAUAUAAAUAUAUAUUUUUGUUAUAAAAUUAUUAACUUACUAAUAUUAUGUGUAAUUUUUUAAAUGUAAAAAGUGUCAUACGAU